UGCUGUCUCACUCAUGCUUCCUGGCUUCACUCACAUGCUCAGAGAGGGAAGAGCUAUAGAGAGUCUUAGCUGCACAUGAAGAAGCUCUGUCUAUUUUAAACCACACCGGAUUGGACUCAGGAUAUUUGUAUAUCUCUUGCGGCGUGUGACAGAUUGUAUAUACCAAGUACAGCCAGGGGCAGAGUUUGAGUUUCUUUGUUUUAGUUUUUUUAUUUAGGAUUUUUAUCCAUCUGACUUGAGGUGAUCGUGUGUGUGACAGAGAAAGUGUGUUUGAGUCAGUCUGCAUGUGUGUGUGAUAGAGAAACAGGAGCAGGAUGAUUGCGGCCCAGCUACUAGCCUAUUACUUCACUGAACUCAAGGAUGAUCAGGUCAAAAAGAUCGAUAAGUACCUGUACUCCAUGCGUUUCUCUGAUGAGACGUUAAAGGAAAUCACGCAGCGUUUUCGGAGGGAGCUGGCCCAAGGACUGGGGAGGGACACUAACCCCACUGCUGUGCUGAAGAUGCUGCCAACGUUCGUGCGGUCAAUUCCUGAUGGCUCAGAGAAGGGAGACUUCAUUGCAUUGGAUCUGGGAGGCAGCAACUUCAGGAUCCUCCGCGUCAAAGUGAGCCAUGAGAAGAAACAGACCGUUCAGAUGGAGAGUCAGAUCUAUGACACACCAGAGGACAUCAUUCAUGGCACUGGAACUAAACUGUUUGACCAUGUGGCAGAGUGUCUCGGGGACUUCAUGGAAAAACAGAACAUCAAAGACAAGAAGCUCCCAGUUGGAUUUACCUUCUCCUUCCCCUGCCAGCAGAGCAAACUAGAUGAGGGCGUUCUGAUAACAUGGACAAAGCGUUUCAAAGCCAGCGGAGUGGAGGGAAUGGACGUCGUCACGCUGCUCAACAAAGCUAUUAAAAAACGAGGAGAUUAUAAUGCUGACAUCAUGGCAGUAGUGAAUGACACUGUUGGAACUAUGAUGACCUGUGGUUUCGAUGACCAGCGCUGUGAAGUCGGCAUCAUCAUCGGUACGGGUACCAAUGCUUGCUACAUGGAGGAGCUGCGUCACAUUGACCUGGUGGAGGGAGACGAGGGUAGGAUGUGUGUGAACACUGAGUGGGGAGCUUUCGGAGACGACGGCAGGCUGGAAGACAUCAGGACGGAGUUUGACAGAGAGAUAGACCGAGGCUCUCUCAACCCCGGCAAACAGCUAUUUGAGAAGAUGGUCAGUGGUAUGUACCUGGGGGAGCUGGUUCGUCUCAUCCUGGUGAAGAUGGCCAGAGAAGGUCUGCUGUUUGAGGGAAGGAUCACUCCUGAGCUGCUCACUAAGGGGAAGUUUGAGACCAAACACAUCUCAGCCAUAGAGAAGAGUAAGGAGGGUUUGACCAAAGCCAAAGAGAUUCUAACCAGACUUGGUGUGGAGCCCUCGACCGACGACUGCAUCGCUGUGCAGCAUGUUUGUACCAUUGUGUCUUUCCGCUCUGCCAACCUGAUCGCUGCCACCCUGGCAGGCAUCCUGCUGAGGCUAAAGGAGAACAAAGGCGUGACACGACUCCGAACCACCGUAGGCAUCGAUGGAUCUCUGUACAAGAUGCACCCACAAUAUGCUCGUCGUCUUCACAAGACAGUCCGCCGUUUGGUCCCGGACACUGAUGUUCGAUUCCUGUUAUCAGAGAGCGGCAGUGGAAAAGGAGCAGCCAUGGUGACAGCUGUGGCCUACCGACUCGCAGAGCACUCACGACAAAUUGCAGAAACACUGUCCGAAUUCCGUCUGACGACCGAACAACUGCUGGAGGUAAAGAAGCGAAUGAGGGAAGAGAUCCAAAAUGGCCUUUCAAAGAGCACACAGGACACUGCUACUGUCAAAAUGCUGCCAACCUUUGUGAAGAGCACUCCUGAUGGUUCAGAGCAUGGUGAUUUCCUGGCUUUGGAUUUAGGAGGAACCAACUUCAGAGUUCUGCUGGUUAAGAUUCGUUCUGGCAAGCGGAGAACGGUGGAGAUGCACAACAAGAUCUACGCUAUUCCUCUAGAAGUGAUGCAGGGCACAGGAGAGGAGUUGUUUGAUCACAUUGUGCAGUGUAUCAGUGACUUCCUGGACUACAUGGGCAUGAAGAAUGCUCGUCUUCCUCUGGGCUUCACCUUCUCAUUCCCCUGCCGCCAGACCAGCCUGGACGCUGGCAUCCUGGUGACAUGGACCAAGGGAUUCAAGGCGACAGACUGUGAAGGAGAGGAUGUAGUGGGUCUGCUGAGGGAGGCCAUUAAGAGGAGAGAGGAGUUUGACCUGGAUGUAGUGGCAGUAGUGAACGACACAGUGGGAACCAUGAUGACCUGUGCGUACGAAGAACCCACCUGUGAGAUUGGACUCAUCGCUGGCACUGGCAGUAACGCAUGUUACAUGGAGGAGAUGAGGAACAUCGAGAUGAUAGAAGGAGAUGAAGGACAGAUGUGUGUCAACAUGGAGUGGGGGGCUUUCGGAGACAAUGGAUGCCUUGAUGACAUUAGGACGGAGUACGACCGCGCUGUGGACGACUUCUCCCUCAAUCCAGGCAAACAAAGAUAUGAGAAAAUGUGCAGCGGCAUGUAUCUCGGCGAGAUUGUGCGAAACAUCCUGAUAGAUAUGACCAAGAGAGGAUUCCUGUUCAGAGGACAGAUCUCUGAAACACUGAAGACCAGAGGCAUCUUUGAAACAAAGUUCCUCUCACAGAUAGAGAGUGACAGAUUGGCUUUGCUGCAAGUGAGAUCCAUCCUGCAACACUUAGGGCUGGACAGCACCUGUGAUGACAGUAUCAUAGUCAAAGAGGUAUGUGGUGUGGUGUCCCAUCGUGCAGCUCAGAUAUGCGGGGCAGGAAUGGCGGCUGUGGUUGAUAAGAUCAGAGAGAACAGAGGCAUGGAACAUCUGGACAUCACUGUUGGAGUGGACGGGACGCUCUACAAACUACAUCCACAUUUCUCUGGAGUCAUGCACCAGACGGUAAAAGAACUGGCUCCCAAGUGUAACGUCAACUUCCUGCUGUCAGAGGAUGGCAGUGGGAAAGGAGCUGCACUCAUCACAGCUGUGGGCUGCCGGCUGAGACAAGAGCUGAACAAUAAAUAGAACACAUUUCUUCUGUCUUGCUGGUAUCUCCCUACAUUUCUGUGCUCCCCCUCUCCUCUUUUCUGUUCUUUCCCUUUGUCCCAUGUCCUCCUGAAGCCAACCAGUCCAGUCAACACUCCUGUAGCUGCUUUAGCCCGUCUGCGUGACAGAGGGAGGAGAUAGCCUUCUCUGCUGUGUUAGGUAGCAGAAAGUCAGGCACUGUGUUGUAGUUAGAUUAUGUCUGAUUAACCAAUGUAACAAUACCCAGACUCUUAAGGUUUUUGUGAUUUCUGAGGUUGAAUUUAUCUAUAGAGAUAAAACACGCACAUUCAACUCCUGCAAGAAAUGUGCAGGGCAGAAAAAAAAAGAGUCCGCACACUCCUGUAAUGCUCCCAUGAGCUGUGUAUCAUCGCCAUCUGCAGGACUCCUCUGAUAACUGCAGUCUGUUACAGUAUACCAAGUGCAACAGUUGCAAGACAAGAAGCAUAGUAGAAAAAUGUUCAUCCUUGCAACAUGUCGAGUGAAUGCAGGGACAUGAAAACACUGUUUUAAACCAAAGUUUCCAAAGUGUGUCUGCUGUCUGCUGUAGGCUCCUCGCUGUCCCUACAACCAGAGAUAUGAGGUGAUAUAUAAACGUGUAAUGAGAUGAAAGGGAAUAUUUUUGCUUUAAAAUUUUUAAUAUCUUACCCAGAUAUGAUACAAUAUGUUAUACAUACAUUGUUGCUAUUUAUUUUAUUUUUGUAUCGGGCGAUGUUGAAAAAUAUUGCUGUUGCAAUAAUGAGGCGUACAGAUGAAGCCCCUCAGCCGGUACCUGUCCUGUAGUGGAUUUAAUAAAGUAUGUCAGGGCAGAAAAGUAACAAAAGUGGGACUUUCACCGUGAUCUGCAGGAGAUGUCACAUGCUUGCUAAAUGUGCAGAUUUGGUCUAAUUUAUGACAGCAAUCCCACUCUAUUCUGAUGUGCUCUAUACUGUAAAAUAUGUCUCAAGAGCACUAGUAUUUUACUAAGUAGAAAUCCUUUUAGUUCUCAUCUCUGCUGCUGCUAAGUUGUCGUCGUUGUCUUAAGAGGUGCUGGCUACCCUCAUCAUCACAGUGAGACUUAUCAGUUACUUAGUAACAGCCAUGAAACAGGAAUGCGGUGCUAACAUAGAUGCCAGUGGAACAACAACGGCCAAAUGAUCUAUAAGAAGAAUAUUACAGUAGCUGAAACUUUAAGUGGAAUUUAAACAUGUUGGAAACAAAGCUUCUCCCUAUACUCACACACUGUACUCCAUAUGCUCCCAUAGACUCAGAGGGGUGUUUGAGUGAACUACUGUCUGGCUCAUUCAUAGUACAAUUCAUGGAAAGUCCUAUUUAUUUUUCUCUGUAACAAAAUCCCAAAAAAUUUAUUAUUGCUGUUAAUAAUACUCAUUAAAAGACUGGUGAAUUUAUCCACUGGUGUUUAUAUUUUCUUUGUAAAUCCUACACUAUAAGAGGACAAAGCUUUUCAAAUAAUGGCAGUGUAACUGUAACAGGUCAUUGUGGUACAAGGAAGGAUCUGUGAGAUGCUACAGUACAAUAUACGGCCAUAUUUGUUAAGCACAGUUUAAAUUCAAAUCCACAACUGAUAGUUAAAAAAAAGAAGAAAGAAACAGCAAUGGCAUUGCAAGUUGAAUUUCCUACUUAAUACUCACACUGCCAGAAUAUAGAGGUCAGCAUCUCCAGCAGGUCCUGAGCUGCCUUCAGAUGAUCCCCAAAGCAGUAGAAAAGUCUAAAAGCCAGCCCCACGUCACACAGACACUUUAAUCUCUUUGCUUCUGUUCACAAAACCCAGACUGUAUCUGUCCAACACUGUCAAACAAUCAGUCACUAAAUAAAGAAAAGACAAACCUG